CAUGUUCCACUGUCUCUCUCCCCACUUUACAAAACGAUCACUCACCACACUUCAUGGAUGAGUCGGUGAGCCUCCGCCGGAGACUAAGCUCGGUCGAAUCAUCGUCAGAGUAUAACAUGACCAAAGAUGGUUCCGAUGAUGGCCCUCUAAGCUCCGACUCCGGGACCGAGUCUAACCGAAGCUCUGACUUAACAGCCUCAACGGGACUGUCAACGAUCAUAAAGGUCUUAUCUGAUUCUCUACUGAGAACGGAACUGGCGGAGAUGGAGAUGAUGAAGGCUCGCGAGGCAGCGAGGUGGGAAGCUGAGAAGAGAAGGAUGGAAAUGGAAGUUGAGUUGACUCGAAUGGUGCUUCAGACUCAUUUGCAGGUGACAACGUCGUUACUUGUCGAAGAACAGGAGAUUUGUACGUCACAAAGGAAAAGGAAGAGAUCAGAAGUUAUAGAAGACGAGUCAUCCACCACAAGGGAAAAGAGUUUAGCUUUAUUGCGCUUACUCCAACUUAACCUAAUCUUCUCGAACUCAUUGACCUGAGAAAAUGUUAAGUGUCAAAGUCAAAUAUCAACUGGAUGAUGAUGACACGCUCAGAAACUGUCUUAUUAUUCUUAUAUAUUAUAUGUGUGUGUUUACUAAACUAGUAGUUAGAUGUUUACCCUUUUCUUCCAACGUCUCUAAUGAAUAAGAUUUUACAAUCUACAGGCGC